AAAAAAAAAGAGUGCUGAAUAAGACGGGGCGGGAAAGUUUUCAUCACUAUUUUUUUCUUUUUUCUUAUGUCUAUCACACCCAAUAACCCACCUUGCCCUGCAUAUAGAGCCACUAAUAAGGAAAGUUUCGCAUAUGAUACAACCAUUCGAAGAUGGCCUAUUAUUUUAAACAGUGCUAUUAAGGAUAUUGAAGUAACAAUACGUAAUGAAACCAACGAAGCACGCGCAAAAGAGGGAAAACAGAUUAUCCAGGCUAUUGAAGAGAUAAAACAAGAGUUACUUGAUGAUAAGCCUUUAAGACCCAUUCAGGAUACGUUAAAGGACUGUGAGUCAUGGAACACUUUGUUGAAGCAAUACUUUGAAGGUUGCACUUGGUUCACGGGUACUUGGUUAUUCAAUGAAUGCUAUCUUUACAGAAGAAUUGCCGAACUAUUUCAAAACUCGCAACAUUGGGUGGGAUACGACUGCUUUGAAAGUCAAAAGCUGGCCACCUUCAAGGGAUCUCACGGUGCUGUCUAUGAUUUGGCACGCAAGAUGCCUGGUUUGAUCAAAGACUUGACUCAAGAGAAACUAGAGAUUGUAUAUUAUGAACUCAUCGAGGUCUGUCUCUGGGGGAAUGCGACCGAUUUGAGUUUAUUGACCAACAUGUCUCAAGAUGAUAUUCGUCGUCUUCAGGCAGUUGAAAAGAAUAAAUUGGCUGAGCGAAAGAAGUUUAUUGUUGUAGAUGACAUUGACAAAUUAUGGAACAAGGUAAAGGAUAUGCAUCAAGGACGUGUUGAUUUUGUUCUAGAUAACUCUGGUUUUGAGGUCUUUGUUGAUAUGAUCUUGGCCGAUUGGUUGUUGCAAUCUCAAAAGGCAUCUAAAGUUGUAUUCCACUGUAAAACUAUCCCUUGGUUUGUGUCUGACGUCAUGCCUAAAGAUAUGCCAAUGAUGUUUGAAAAGUGUCUAGAGAAAGGCUUUUUCCCUGGAGACCACACUCAAGAGGACACAGAGGCUUUAGAAACCAUGGUUCGUCGAUGGCAACAGUAUGUCCAGGAUCAACGUCUUGUUGUCACCUCUGACGACUUUUGGUGCUCACCUUUACCUUACUGGUAUUUGAAGUCGCAUGCUCCUAGUCUAUUUGAAGACAUGAAACAGGCAGACCUAGUCAUCUUCAAGGGAGACCUGAACUAUAGAAAACUGUGCUUUGACUGUGAUUGGCCCCUUACGACGUCAUUCAAGGAGGCCAUUGGUCCAGAUAUGGCAAACGACUUUACAAACAUUGUAUCUUUGCGUACCAACAAAGCAGAUGUUCUCGUUGGUCUCUCGGAAGAAACGAGAAAGGAUUUAGAAGAAAAUAGACGUGUUUCUAGAGAAGAGUUACGCUUUAGUGGAAAGUAUGCAGUUGUAGAGUACAAUUAACUUAUGAUAUGCUGUCCAAUAAAGACUGUCAUCUCGCUUAUGCCGCCCCCAAAGACUGUUCUCAUUGCUCAAUGACGUGCAUACAUUAUCCUGACAGGCUUGUAAAGAGUAUAUGUCGCUCUUUUGAGUUAUAUUUUGAAAAAGCAGCUUUCUAACAUGAAUGAUACUCAUUGAGAGUAAUACUAAAAAAAAAAACCCUUUUCAACCUCACUUUCAUUCAUAGACACAGGAGAUAAAGACAUUAUAGAGAGUAACAAUUGAAAUGGUAAAAAAAAAA